AUGUUCAAAGAUUCUGAUAAUACACCAAUAAUCAAUCUAGCCGGGCACUGUGAUCUGUACAGUAAUGGAUGCACCAGAUUGAGCUCUGAUAUCCAGUUGUCUCAAGCCAAAGGAAUCGAAGUAAUGCUUUCUAUGGGAGGAAGGGCGGAUAGAUAUUACCUCACCUCCUCAGGGGAGGUUCAAUUUUACAAUAACACGCCUUGUCAAUACUCUUCUGGAAAGGGCUGCAAAGCUCGAAAAUGCAAGGAAAGUAGGAAACAAUGGAUUUCAUCUAUUCCUGCUAAAAGGAUUUUCCUAGGACUACCAGUAGCACCAGAUGCAGUUGGGAGUGGCUUUAUUCCUGCAAAUGUUCUGAUUUCAGAAAUUCUUCCAACUCUUAAAGAUUCUGACAGUAUGGAGGUGUAA